AUGGAAGAUCUGCCUCGUGCCUCGCCGGAGCGAAAAGUUCCCCGGAUUGAACGGCGUCGAACAGUGGGCGAAACGCCUUCUGGGAUGUGGACGCCGCGCACAAAACCUGUGGCGAUAGCUUGUGAGAGAUGUCGAAGACGCAAGAUUCGCUGUGACGGGGAAACGCCGUGCGCGACCUGUCGACGGUUCUCUCUGAAUUGUAUCCGUUCACAGAGAGGCAGCGAAGGUCAAGCCGCGCUGGAACAGCGAGUUCGACAGUUAGAAGCACGCAUUCUUGAACUGAGCACGGGGUUAUCCAACACUCAGGUCUCGCAUCAGGUGGACAAUGGACCAACAGAUAGCCAGGGGCCGCCUUCCUUGCACCUAUUCACCGACCUAGCAGCGCUCGAUUAUUCCGACCCCCACGAGCCGUACGGGCAGCUAUUCCUAGACAGCAACCCAGCGCCGCUCGAGAUACCUCGGAUUGAGGUGGUUGAUUACGCAAGUAUGUCGCCAAUGUCCGUUCCAACCUCGCCCUCCCUGUCCUCUCCAAUCUUGAUGACGCCUAAUCCCCCAUCGUUGGCGUUUGACGGACGAUUGCAGCCGCCAAGCCCGGGUCACGCUUUGUCACCACCGGUGUCGGCCUGUCCUUCUGCCAGUUAUAAUGUCGUGCCACGUUUAUCUCCAGCUGAAUUCGCUGGACCCACACUUUCUCGACGGUCUUCUAUAUCAUCAUCCAUCUCGUCGCUCGGGUUAGACUCGGACUAUGCAGCGCCUGACUACAGAAUGGUAGACGCUGGAGAAGAAUUGGGACAGGCCCACUUGAAGUCAUGCAUGGGUUUCGAAACAAUCAUGAGCACCUUUCCAACGAGCGUCGAGAUACAGGCUCUUUUGGAACUUUUUUUCCAGACAAUCCCUGGGAUGGGGUAUCCACUUGGUCGAGACACCUUUCAGAAGUUCCUGGAUAUCAUCGAUGAUCCGUCACAGGUACCCAGUGAGCAAGGGGAUAUGUACCCGGUUGCGAUGGCUAAAUUUCACGUCUAUAUGGCGAUGGCAGUUGGACUGCGAAUGAAAGUCGACUGUCGUGCUCGGGAGCUGCAGCUGUUGGAGACUUGCUACGAUGUGGCUGUCGAGCAAAUUCGCUCGCGUUAUUUCUGGGCUCAGCCUUUGGCGGGGGAAGCUGCAAUGCUAUUGAUGCUGUUUGCCAACGUGAGUCAUCGGUCUUCGGUGUCUUGA